GCGCGAGAGGAAGUGCUGCGAGAGGGAGCGUGAGGGCGCGAGGGAGCGCGGCGCGGCCGGGCGCCGCGUGCGCGAGCCGGGUUGCAGCCCAGCAGGGACUUUCCAGCCGGCGGCGGCGGCGGCCGCCGGCCCUUCCCCGCCCCCCGACAUGGGGCUGCCCGGGGAGCAGGACGCUGCGGACCGCGGCGGAGGACGCGCCCGGAGCUCCUGAGCCGGCGAGCGGCGGCGGACCGCGGCAGAGUUUCUCUUUCUUACAAUGGAGCCGAGCAAAAAGACAGACGCUUCGGGCCCGCUGCCGACCAACCCGCCGCUCCGGCUGCAACCCGACCGCAGUGCGCCCGUGCUGGUGCCUGAGCAGGGCGGCUACAAGGAGCGCUUCGUGAAGCCCGUGGAGGACAAGUACAAGUGCGAGAAGUGCCGGCUGGUGCUGUGCAACCCGAAGCAGACCGAGUGUGGGCACCGCUUCUGCGACAGCUGCAUGGCCGCCGUGCUGAGCUCCUCGGGCCCCAAGUGCACGGCGUGUCAAGAAGGCAUCGUUAAAGACAAGGUGUUCAAGGAUAACUGCUGCAAGAGGGAGAUUCUGGCGCUUCAGAUCCACUGCAGGAACGAGGGUCGCGGCUGCACAGAGCAGCUGACGCUGGGCCACCUGCUGGUGCACUUGAAGAACGACUGCCAGUUUGAAGAGCUGCCCUGUGUGCGCCCUGACUGCAAAGAACGGGUCCUGAGAAGAGACCUGCGUGACCAUGUGGACAAGGCCUGUAAAUACCGAGAGGCCACGUGCAGCCACUGCAAGAGCCAGGUCCCCAUGAUCACGCUGCAGAAACAUGAAGACACUGACUGUCCCUGCGUGGUGGUGUCCUGCCCUCACAAGUGCAGAGUCCAGACCCUCCUGCGGAGCGAGUUGAGUGCGCACUUGUCAGAGUGUGUCAAUGCCCCCAGCACCUGUAGUUUUAAGCGCUAUGGCUGCGUUUUUCAGGGGACAAACCAGCAGAUCAAAGCCCAUGAGGCCAGCUCCGCGGUACAGCACGUGAACCUGCUGAAGGAGUGGAGCAGCUCCCUGGAGAAGAAGGUCUCCCUGCUGCAGAAUGAAAGUGUGGAAAAAAACAAGAGCAUCCAGAGUCUGCACAAUCAGAUAUGCAGCUUCGAAAUUGAGAUAGAGAGACAGAAGGAAAUGCUUCGGAAUAAUGAAUCCAAAAUACUUCACUUACAGCGAGUAAUAGACAGCCAAGCAGAGAAACUGAAAGAGCUGGACAAAGAGAUCCGCCCCUUCCGGCAGAACUGGGAGGAGGCAGACAGCAUGAAGAGCAGCGUGGAGUCCCUCCAGAACCGUGUGACCGAGCUGGAGAGUGUGGACAAAAGUUCGGGGCAGGCAGCCCGGAACACAGGCCUGCUGGAGUCCCAGCUGAGCCGGCACGACCAGAUGCUGAGCGUGCACGACAUCCGCCUGGCCGACAUGGACCUGCGGUUCCAGGUGCUGGAGACGGCCAGCUACAACGGGGUGCUCAUCUGGAAGAUCCGGGACUACAAGCGGCGGAAGCAGGAGGCCGUCAUGGGGAAGACCCUGUCCUUGUACAGCCAGCCUUUCUACACUGGCUACUUCGGCUACAAGAUGUGCGCCCGCGUCUACCUGAACGGGGACGGCAUGGGGAAGGGAACGCACCUGUCGCUCUUCUUCGUCAUCAUGCGCGGCGAGUAUGACGCUCUGCUUCCUUGGCCCUUCAAGCAGAAGGUGACGCUCAUGCUGAUGGACCAGGGCUCGUCUCGGCGCCACCUGGGGGACGCGUUCAAGCCAGACCCCAAUAGCAGCAGCUUCAAGAAGCCCACUGGGGAGAUGAAUAUCGCCUCCGGCUGCCCGGUCUUCGUGGCCCAGACUGUGCUGGAGAAUGGGACGUACAUUAAAGAUGACACCAUCUUUAUUAAAGUCAUAGUGGAUACUUCGGAUCUGCCCGACCCCUGACGAGUCCCUGGGGAGGCGGAUCGAGCAGAAGGCAACUCCUCUCGGGGGUUUGAACCACUGUCUCCACCGAGGUCCUCGAGCUCCGGAAGGACCUUUCGGGAUGGAGGAGGUGGCAGGAGGCGGCCGCGGGCCGGUGGGAGGAGCCUCGAGGAAGGACGUUUUCUCACAGACUCGCGGCACUUCACCGAAGAAUUAUUUAUCCUUUGACGAGACAAAUACUGCUGUCUGAGGAGGUUUCCAUUUUCAUUUUUACAGAUCUAGUUAAGUAAGGUGGAGAACAUACAUGCUAAAGGAAAGAACCAUGAUUUUUCUUCCUGAAACUUGAACACCAAAAAGAAACCCACACCCACCCACACAUACACACCGGGGUAGCUGGACGUGUCAGCAUGCUAAGUAAAAGGAGAAUUUAUGAAAUAAUAAUGCAGUUCUUAUAUAUUCAUUCUCAAAUUCAAGAGUGCAGUCUUGUUUCAAAUACAACAUAUUGUCUAUUUUUAAGGCCUCACCUGGUCUCUGUUUUAAUAAUUUGUCAGAAGACCCUGAAGUACACCCAGGUCUUUUUUGAAAGUCUCUAAAUUCAGAAUCAUUUUUUAAUUUAAAGUUCUAAGAUGAUUGUUACUGCAGACAUUUUAUUUUAAAACAAUGAUAGACUUAUAUUUCUUGGAAGAAAAUGUAAAAUAUCAAACACUGGUUAUCACUUGUGAUAGGAAAGAGAAUAUCCAACCCGUUGUUAUUUCUCGUUAGAAAUGUAAACCUUCAAUAUCUGUCGUAGUCGAUGACACUACUUCGAACUUGUCACGGGAGGAAACCGCUCUUGGAUGCUGUGCAUCGUUCUCAGAUUUAUAAUUGUUUUCACCCUAAACUAGGGCAUUUGUUGAACUUUGGAGUUCUAAACAAAACCCUGUAGGUUUUUAAAAUUGUGCCCCAUGUGUUCUGACGAGGUCUUGGUCGCUGACAUCCCCGACCCUCAGUGCGCAGUGUCCCGGGUGGGCAGGCGACUCGUGCGGCAGGCAUUCUCCAUUCUGUCACGUUGCUGCAUUCCGUCCGCGACCUCCGGAAACAGCGUCCUUGCGUAGAGACGGCAGCGUACGGUCCACGUGCCUUAGGCGUGCAUGCUGCUUCCCAGCCCGGCUUUGCGUCCUCUGCAGUUCGGGCGAGUGGCCCUGUGGCCAGACCUGUCUUGGCCACUAGCCCCGUCUCUCACCGGCCCCCAGGCAGCUCUGCACCUGCUGUGGGGGCACCAGUCUCCGUCUGGGUCUCCUGGGCCCCUGCUUGACCAUCACAGAUUCCAGACCCCCAAGGUGAGCCGCCCAGGCCAGGCGUGGGCACGGGCCCUGCUCAAGCAGAACCCUCGAGCAUCCCAGAGAUGCAGCUCUGGGGGCUGCGCGGGCUGCCUGGCGGGCCUCCGGGGCCUCCGGGACCGCCGCCCUGGGCAGGGUCGGCCUGGGAGGCCCGUGGGCCCGGCCCGCGCAGCCCAGCUGGCCUCUUCUCAACACUGUUUACCUUCUCAAUGGUCCAACUGUGAUUGGCAGCCGGAGCCCGGCCGGCCCCGCCCUCCGCUCUGCACCGCGCCUCCUGGUGCUUCGACCUGACGGUGCUACACGUGACGGGUGCUUCUCUGAACGGCCAGCGCGCUGCCCGCCGCCUCGUGCCGUCGUCCCGGAGCCGCGCCCACGCCAGCUGGCCGGGCCGCGCACUCAGACUGCCUGCCUGCCUCCGGGCUCCCGCCCGGCGGCCGCCCGUGUCUCUGGUGCUGCCGUCCGCCCUGGGCGUGCCUUCGCCCCAGUGCCUGCUGGAAGCGCCCCCUCGCACACCGUCCCGGGCUUCCGUCAUCACCUGCCAGCCCGAGCCCCUGCCGGGCCCCUGGGCAGUCCCAGCACCCCGUCGUGUCCCCUCCCGUCUCCACCACCAGGACGGCUUUGAGGGCGAACGCGUGUCACCAGCUCGGGAGUCGCAUGUCCCCACUCGCAGAGGAAGGGCUUCCCGUGGGUGCUGUGGGACCGCUGUUCCCUCAGAGGGGUCCCCGACCUUCAGGUCUCACCCUGGCCCUGCCCUGCAGACCCAGAGGAGAGACCCCCCCCCCGGAGCCCCCACCAGGCCUCAGGUGGCGUCCAGAGGGCCAGGCCACCGACAGGCACACUCUGUGGCUUCCUCUUCGACAGUCUGGUCAGAAAGAAAAGCCAAGAUGUUUCCUCUUCCUCUGGGUCGAGGUCCUGUAGGGGCGGGCCACCAGGCAGUGUCUGUCUCUGCGGGCGGGGCUUGUGCAGAUUUGCCCCUGGGGCAGGUUCUGGGCUUCCCUCCUCCUCCCAAGGGGGCCACAGGGCUUGGCGUGGGCAGCCAGCACCGUCCCCUGGGAAGAGGCUGUGACCUGGCAGGAGUGUCACCCUGUGGCUAGGUCGUAGUCGGUGGCACUUGGGGUCUGUGGGUCUGGCUGCUGUUCUGGGCACAACGGAGGGCAGCCUCUGGCCACCCGGCGCCCUGCCCACGCAGCGAGGCCUGACCAGGGCCGAGUGAAGGGAGCGGGCGCAGGGUGGUCGGGUGCGUGACAGGGUUCCCCGCAGAUACGAGUUCUGACACUGGAGGGAAGCCAGCGGUCUGUCGUGGCCCCCCUGGCAGCCUCCUUUGCCAGAGACCCCACUGGGGCUUGGGGACCAGCGUGUCCCUGAGGGCUGUGAGCCGCCAUUUUAGGAGCAGGGUCUUCCGUCCCCCUGGGCUCACGGGUAACAGGAGAGUGUUGGCGUGCACGUGGGUUGCUCUGAGGACAGGGUGGCGCUGGCCCCCGGACGAGGCUCUGAGCGUUCCCUGGACAGGGACAGGAGAGGCCUCGGUGGCUGCUGUCACAGCCUGAAGCCCCGGUCGUUCCCUGCCCUGAGCCCCCACUGACCCUGAUGCUGAGCAGCCCAGGGAGCGGGAAGCUCUCAGCCAGGCGGCUCCUGCCUGCCCCGUGACCCUGGAGGCUGUGGCAGGAACGCCCGCCCUGCCUGCCAGCUGCCUCCACCAGGCCCAGUUGCUGUCCGCUGACCCCAGUGGUCUCAGGCGGAACCUACACCGCCAAGGCUUCCCCUGGACCACUGUGGCCCACCUUGGGGACCAUGGGGGCAGCCAGCCUGCCUCCUCCAGAGUCGCCAGCUGCCCAGGGUCGGGACCAUGGCCCAGCUAACACCUGCGGUCCCCGUGGGCUUCACUCUCGGUGACAUUGCAGGGUGGUCCCCCGUGGCCGGCCUGGCAACCCACAAGAGGGGUGGGGGCAACGUCCCGUGGAGGAGAGGGCGUCUGGACAGAGUCUGGAGCACAGCCUGGUCCCGAGGUGGGUCGCACCCUGGGCCCCAGUGCCUGUCCCUUGACCCCGACGGGGUGACCACAGCACUGUCGUUCGGUGCCCAUCACAGACGUGUGCGGCCGCAGCACCUCUGCUGUCCUCCCCGGGCUGGUCAGGAGCUCACACCUCGGCCACCGGCGCGUCCCUUGGCCUGGGGUUGCUGGUGCGGAGCGGGCCACCGUCACUGCACGGCCAGCUCUUCACCAGCCGCAGAGGCACCAGGGGUCCCAGCGGCCCCUUUGCUUUCGUGUUUGUGACAAGUGAGGUGUCUGCCACCCGAACUGAUUUCUCAGCCAAGACCAUGGCCCUGUCUCUCGUGGGCCAGUCUCGGUAGUUGUGGUCCCUCCGACAUGGAGGGUGUCCACCGGGGUCCGGGUCAGGUAGGGCUCGUGUGGGCUCCUGUGUUGGCCAGUGGCCUGGUCAUCGUUCCCGCCUGUCUGGGCAGUUUCGGUUGUCACCGGGGAGCCAGGGCCAGUGGAGGGCAGGGAGACAAAGCCCAGAGACGCCCCAGGGACAUCCUCCGCUGGCCGGUGGGGGGCAAGUGGGCCGAGGGGCGGCGGUGGGCAGCGCUCACAUCUCAUUCUCAGCUGCCGCUGUGUCUGUGUGUGGGGACACGGGGCAUCCGGACGGCCACCCCACUCCUGCGGCUCGUGGCGGUUGGUUUUAUGACUCAGUCCCCUUAGAAAAGUGAGGUGACCCGGUCAGUGACCUCAGGAGCAGCACGGUCUUCGAGGACCUCUCCGGGGGUGACACCCGCGAUGGAGGCAAGGGGAGGGCCCAGGCCCACGGCUGCCGGCGUUUCCAGAAUCUCACCCCCGCCCUGCUGGCUCACCUCCUCGCUCAGCUCCCCGACCCAGAACAAAGACCAAAGAAGGCCGACCUCUUGUUGGACCCUGUGCAGCCUGCCGUUCCACACGCCGCCGGCUGGGAGGCUCUGUCCCGACUGCACAAGUGACUGUGACCAGUGACUCACGGCGUGUUUUUCUGCUCUUCUAAGAAAAAACAACAAAGACACAGUGUAAGUUAUUGCUCAGCAAUAAUCAUGUUAAUACGAGUCAACAACAUGUCUGACUUUCCGGUAGCAUUAUUAUGUUUUAUAUUUUUGUUUCCUGUAUAUUGUGUGUGGUUUUAUUUGGUAUUUAUUUGUGUUUUGAGGUCUUGUAAUGUUUCUUUGUGUUCCUGAUGCUAAUAACUGAAGAAUGUAGAAUGCAGAACUUGGAAAUGCUAAGCUGUCUCAUUAGAGGAAAAUAAAACUGACCGUGGACUCUCGGGCUCUUCA